UUAUGCUUGAUUACAGCCACGGGGAGAUGGUCUGCAGCAGCGUCAAAUCCCCCCCGUUUCUCUCUAUGAGGAUGCUGGGAGUUGUAGUUUUAUAGUCCUCCCGGCCGGCACACCGGGUCCUCACGGAGCAGCAUCUGUGUGACUGUCCUCCCACUGACCCCCUCCGCUGGCUCCUGGUCCGAGUAUGAUCACUAGCCUCCAGGAGGCGUGCAUAGCCAGCUUGUGGAUGCUCUGUGUCUUCUCAGGGGAGAUCUCACGCUUCUAGUCUUAGCAGUGGCGCAGAAAGGGUCCAGGUGGGAGGCAGCUCUCCUCUGGCCGCUUGGAACUUCUUGGGCUGCAGACCCCGGGUGAGUAACAAUGACGCGAAAUAAUGAUACAUACGGUCCGAACUCCGUUACGACUCGACGUCUUCUCAAGUAAGAAGGAGCAACAGUUUGCUCAGCUGGAAGUGGCGAGAAAGCGCUUUCAUUUGCUGCAUCAAAGAUGGUCUCGCAGAGCCUGCAAACUGCGGAUCUAAUGUCACAAUGAGGACUCACACUCGGGGUGCCCCCAGUGUGUUUUUCAUAUAUCUGCUCUGUUGCAUUGUUGUCCAUGGCACAGACGAGGGAAGCAACACACAAAUCCCCUUCAUCAACGCUAAAUAUGAUGGCUACCCCAUGCUCUACUUCUCAAAGGGUGAGGUCGAAGAUCUGCGUGCUCAGGCAGCUGGCAGUCACCAGCACAUUGCAUUGCGCAUCAGCAAGGCAGUCCAAAUUAUGCUGACCAACCCAAAAGAGUACCUCCCACCAUGGGACCCAAAAGAUUUCUCUGCUAGGUGGAAUGAAAUUUAUGGCAACAAUCUUGGAGCCCUAGCAAUGUACUGCAUCUUGAAUCCAGACAACACAGAAGCACUUGACCUGGCCAGAGACUAUAUGGAGAGGAUGGCAGCUCAGCCUAGUUGGUUAGUGAAGGAUGCCCCUUGGGAUGAAGUCCCUCUGGCACACUCUCUGGUUGGAUUUGCCACCGCUUAUGACUUUUUAUAUGACUCUCUUAACAAUCACCAAAAGGAGAGGUUUCUGGAGGUGAUUGCCAAUGCUUCAGGAUACAUGUAUGAAACAUCCUUUAGAAGAGGAUGGGGUUUUCAAUAUCUGCACAACCAUCAACCCACCAACUGUGUAGCGCUUCUCACAGGGAGCCUGGUGAUGAUGAAUCAAGGUUAUCUACAAGAAGCCUACUUUUGGACAAAGCAAGUUCUAACUAUAAUGGAAAAAUCUAUUGUCCUGUUAAAUGAUGUGACAGAUGGAUCACUUUAUGAAGGAGUUGCUUAUGGUAGUUACACCACCAGAUCUCUCUUUCAAUACAUGUUUCUUGUACAGCGGCAUUUUGAUAUCAAUCACUUCAACCAUCCUUGGUUAAAGGAGCACUUUGCAUUUAUGUACAGGACUGUCCUUCCAGGUUUUCAGAGAACUGUUGCCAUAGCUGAUUCUAAUUACAACUGGUUCUAUGGACCAGAAAGUCAGUUAGUGUUUUUGGACAAAUUUGUCUUGAGGAACGGAAGUGGGAAUUGGCUGGCUGAACAAAUUCACGCAAACAGGGUCCAGGAAGGUCCAGGAACACCAGCCAAAGGGCAGCGGUGGUGCACCCUCCAUACAGAGUUUCUCUGGUAUGAUGCAACUUUAAAGUCUGCACCUCCACCAGAUUUUGGCAUUCCACGUCUCCAUUUUUUUGAAGACUGGGGUGUUGUGACCUAUGGAAGUGCUUUGCCAGCUGAAGUUAAUAGGCCAUUUCUUUCCUUUAAAUCUGGAAAGCUUGGAGGACGUGCAAUAUUUGACAUUGUUCACAAAAACAAGUAUAAAGAUUGGAUCAAAGGAUGGAGGAAUUUCAAUGCUGGGCAUGAACAUCCAGAUCAGAAUUCAUUCACAUUUGCUCCGAAUGGUUUUCCUUUUAUAACUGAAGCAUUGUAUGGCCCAAAAUAUACUUUCUUAAAUAAUGUUUUAAUGUUUUCACCAUCUGUGUCUGAGUGCUGCUUUACUCCAUGGGAAGGCCAGGUUACAGAAGAAUGCAACUCCAAGUGGUUAAAAUACAAAAUCGAUGAAGCUGCUGACUCUCAUGGAAGAGUGGUGGCAGCUUUAGAGAAAAGUGGCAUUGUUUUUAUUAGGGGUGAGGGAGGGGGUGCUUACAGUUCUGCCUUGAAACUAAAAAGUGUUGAAAGAAAUCUAGUUCUACUCCACCCGCAGUUAUUGCUUCUUGUGGACCACAUACAUGUUGAACAUGGUAGCCCAGUAGAGACCACAUCUAGCUUUUUUCACAACGUGGACAUGCCUUUUGAGGAAACAUCUAUUGAUGGUGUUCAUGGGGCAAUACUCCGAAAUAAGGAUGAAAUGUAUAAAAUGUACUGGAUGGAUGACACUGGCUUAAGUGAGAAAGCUGUGAUUUCAUCCGUUUUAUACCCACGGGGUUAUCCAUACAAUGGAACUAAUUAUGUGAAUGUCACAACCCAUCUCAGGAAACCGAUCACAAGAGCAAUCUAUUUGUUCAUUGGACCUUCUGUGGAUGUUGAAAGCUUUAGUGUCCAUGGAGACUAUCAGCAAGUCGACGUGUACCUUGCGACCAGUGAACAUGCAUAUGCAGUUUACCUCUUCACAGGAGAAACACCAAGCCAGUCAACAUAUGCUAAGGUGGUUGCAGAUAGGCAAAAGAUAAUAUUUGACAAAGCCUCCACAAUCAAGAAUUAUUCACCCACUGAGGUGGAGGAUUAUGCAGUGAUUGUGGAGCAGAAACUCCAGCACUUCAAGCCGGUUUUUCAGGAAAUGGAAAAGCAAAUCCUAUCAAAUGUCCGAAAUACUGCUGGUUUUCGAAAGACAGCUGAACGGUUGCUUCGAUUUUCAGAUAAGAGAAACACAGAAGAAGCCAUUGAAAAGAUAUUUGCUAUAUCCCAGCAGCAGAAGCAGCAAACCAAAAGCAAAAGAACCAAAAAGGGAUCUAGAGGUUACAAGUUUAUGAAUGCUGUUCCAGACCUAUUUGCACAAAUAGAGGUAAAUGAAAAGCAAACACGCCAAAAGGCUAUAGCCCAGGCUGAAAGCGAACUUCAAGUCAAUGAAGAGGAAGAAAUGAAAGACCUUUUAGAUUUUGUAGACGAACCCUAUGUUAAGCACAAAACUGGUUCCUUUAACAGACACAUCUCUCCACACAAGCUGACGACACAUCACAGCGGACCUGCGUCAAUUUCUGCAUCUUACACUAGACUAUUUUUAAUCCUAAACAUUGCAAUUUUUAUGGUUCUGUUGGCACUACAGUUGUCCAGGUUUCUAAAGACUAAGAGUAUUCAUAGAAAAAAAUGCCUGUAUGCCAUACUUUCUGUUGACCUUUGUGUGCUGAUGUGGCUAUAUUCAUCAUGUUAUCGAUCGCGCUGCUAGAAAAUAGCCCUUGAAAUUCAUCUUCUCAAUAACACUAUGCAAAACAGUACUGAGUACUAGACUUACUCUACAGGGCAGCAUUGUAAUGUUAUCUGCAGCAACAGAAAUACAAAGGCUCCUAUUUGUUUUUUAUAAGAAUAUAUAUUUUCAUAAAAGGGAAAAAUAAAUAAAAAAUGACAUGUUUGAUCAGACUGGAAAUCAUUUAUUUUGUGUCACUCUUGAGGAAAAUAAAGUGCAAGUAUAUGAAAAGGUCA